CAGAGCCGGCCGGCCUGGCAGGAAGAGCAAGAUUGUAUAAGAAACGGUUGGCUGCUUCGGAUCAGCAGAAAUCGUGUGUUUUCUCACGCAAACCGUCAGUCAGACUACCGUCCCUGCUCUUCCUCUCAGACAACCGGCUCCCGCAGCAGACCACAUACAAAUACGGCCCGCUGCCCCCACCGGAAAAGUCAACCCAAAAGUUCUACGCUGAGCAAAGUACGGUCACCGAAGCCCUUUUCCCCCACGGUCCCGGUCCUUCGUCGCUCUUUGCCCAACCACUAUCACCUCUCUCUUUCUCGUUCCUGCUCCCGCUUCACCGCUUAGUCGCCAUUUCGCUACGUUUUCUCCCUAGCAAACAUGGCCUUCCUCAGAUCCAGUAGUCGUCUGCUCAAGCGCUCGCUCGUCGCGGGCUCGGCAGUCGCGGCUGGUACUUUCCUCGUCUCGACCACCGACAUCCUCACUCCCGUCCAUGCCGCGACAGCCAAGGACCUCCCUCCUCUUACAGUUCCGGCCCCGCACGCGCCGCCUCCCACGCGCGAGAGCAUGAUCAAGAGACUGCAGUCAGAAGAGUUCGACAUCGUCAUCAUCGGCGGUGGCGCGACAGGCGCUGGCGCGGCUCUCGACGCUGCCACGAGAGGCCUCAAGGUCGCUCUCGUCGAGCGCGAUGAUUUCGCCUGCGGUACCUCGUCGCGGUCGACGAAGCUCGUCCACGGCGGUGUUCGUUACCUCGAGAAGGCGUUCUGGAACCUCGACUAUGGCCAGUACAAGCUCGUCAAGGAGGCUCUCGCCGAGCGUUCCAACUUCAUCAAGAUUGCACCCCAUCUGUCGUUUGCGCUGCCAAUCAUGAUUCCGGUGUACACCUGGUGGCAGAUUCCGUACUUCUACGUGGGCACGAAGAUGUACGACUUAGUCGCCGGCAGCCAGAACCUGGCCCCAUCAUACUUUAUGUUCCGCAAGACCACGCUCGAGACGUUCCCGCAGCUCAAGCAUGACAACCUCAAGGGCGCGCUCGUCUAUUACGACGGCUCGCACAACGACUCGCGCAUGAACACCGCGCUGGCGCUGACUGCGAUCGAGAAGGGUGCGGUUGUCGUCAACCACAUGGAGGUCACCGAGCUGACCAAGGACAGCAACGGUCGCGUCAACGGUAUCGUCGCCAAGGACACCGACCUCGGCCAUUCCGAGACCGUCACCGUCAAGGCCAAGGGCGUCGUCAACGCCACCGGCCCGUUCUCUGACGCGAUCCGCAAACUCGAUGCGCCCAUGACCUCCGACAUUGUCGCUCCUUCGUCGGGCGUGCACGUCGUGCUCCCCAACUUUUACUGCCCGAAGAACAUGGGUCUUAUCGACCCGCAGACCUCUGACGGCCGUGUGAUCUUCUUGCUGCCGUGGCAGGGCAACGUGCUCGCCGGUACCACCGACGCGCCCACGACUGUGAGCAAGGACCCUAUCCCGACCGAGGAGGAAAUCGGCUGGAUCUUGAACGAGCUGAAGAACUACAUGAGCGCCGAUCUCCCCGUGCGCCGCGAGGACGUGCUUGCUGCCUGGUGCGGCAUCCGUCCGCUUGUUCGCGACCCGCGCGCGAAGAACACCGAGUCCCUUGUCCGAAACCAUCUGAUCACUGUCUCUGACUCUGGCCUGCUGACCGUCGCUGGCGGAAAGUGGACGACCUACCGCGAGAUGGCCGAGGACACGAUCAACGAGUGCAUUCAGGUCUUUGACCUGAAGCCGACCUCACCCUGCCAGACCAAGCACGUGCCUCUCGUCGGCGCGGCAGGAUACCGCCCGCUUCUGUACAUGCAGCUCGCGCAGCACUACGGACUCGAGACCGAGAUUGCGCAGCACCUGGCGAGCAACUACGGCGACCGCGCGUUCGACGUUCUCGCGCUGUGCUCCGAGACCGGCCACCGCUGGCCGGCCAAGGGCGUGCGGUUGGCGAACUACUACCCGUUCGUCGACGGCGAGGUGCGCUACGCUGUGCGCAACGAGCUCGCGCGCACGGUCGAGGACGUGGUUUCGCGGCGCAUGCGUCUCGCGUUCUUGAACAGCAAGGCCGCGCUCGAGAGUUUACCGGUCGUGAUUGAUAUCAUGGCGGAGGAGCUCAAGUGGAGCGAGGAGCGCAAGCAGGAGGAGUGGGAUUCCUCGGUCAAGUACCUGUUCUCGAUGGGUCUUCCCAGCGAUAAGGUGUGGACGCGGGCCGAGAUCGAGGCUGGUGAUUUGAAGGUUUUGGGUUAAGUGUCUUAAAAAUCUGCUAUAUUAUUAUUACUACUAGAAACAAAAGAUUGGAGGCCAAGGGUGUCGAUUGUAAAUUUUUCUAUAUACACUAGUUUGUCGCCGGUGUGGUUUGUUCAAUAUGAAGUUAUAUCCUUUAAGUCAACCGUAACUAUUUCAAAUCCGGCUUUUUCUGCAAAACAGUGGCGAAU